CCCGGGCCUUGCGACACGACCGAACAGAGCAAGCACCCAGCUCACGUCUCCGUCUUUGAGCUUCGUUCGCACGUACAUGAAUGGUGGUGGUGUCGGCGGCAAUCCCUCCAAUAUUCCAUCGCAGUCUGUGCCGGGCUCGCGUCGUCACUCAGAUGACGAAGACGACGGUGACUACAGAUUUCAAUUUGAGCAACGUAACGAUCGCUCAGCAGCCAAGUAAGUCCAUUGUUAUGCACGGCACAUAGUUUCUAUCAAUUGUGUUGCAAAGGCUUGGCAAAAUUUCCACUACCCGUGCGCAUGCAUGAGCCAGCCUGCAGGCACUCGAUUGUGUCGGGCUUCACAUGCUCACUAUGUGACAUAUGAUGUGACACACAUCCAUCGAAGAUCGAACCGGAACUCCAUGCCCGUCUCUUCAUUUGAUCGCACAAAGCGCAAUACGACUGACUUGAGCCUUGGCCACAUUAAUACCACGGGCUUCCUGUUCGGCGACGACGGCGAGCAAAUCCCGCAUCUUCCGCAAACCAACCCGAAGGCAUCGCCAUCUGAUACGAAGACGUAUCUCAAAGUGCAGCACACCGCCGACGGCUUUCCCAAGCUCAUCCGCAGUGAGCAAACAUUCGAACCAGCACUUUCUAUUUCAUCCGCGCUUGAUCUCGCAUCAUCAGCCAAGGCGGAUCAGCAGCAGACAACGCGGGGACCCCGUCAGCGCAUGUCGCUUCCGCCUGCUACGAUGAGCAACGGUCUCAAUCUAGCUCCACUGAACAGCAUUCUUGCGGGAAACAACGACAAUAGACAGCCCGCGUUGGAUCGCCGCUCGAUGGAGGUGAAAUUCCCAUCUGACAAUGGCCGCCCUGCUCUGAUGUCUGUCGCUCCACGUGCGUACACCAACGGUGCCACGUCAUCAUCCACCAAUGACUUGCCCACCCUGAAGAGCAUCAAUGGCGCCAACGGCCAUUCUGACAGUGCAAUAUCGCUCAGCUCGCCAUCCGCUCAAAGCUCAAAAGCACUGGAACCCAUGUCGCCAGAACGAGCUGCAGCAUCCGGCUUGCUGACACCUCGAUACCACCAGGAUUUCAGUGCCGGAGUACGACUUGAGGACAACCAGGACGGGCUUGGUCGAUCCAUGCUGCAGGGCAGUGCUGUGCCUUUCUUCACGCCUGCUGCGGAAAACGUUUCGCCUCGACCGUUCGGAGGCCCCGUAGCGGCUUACGGGCAACCAUACUUCAAUCCAUAUGGCAUGCAAAUGCUCAGCAACGGCUUCGGGGCCAUGAAUAUUGGUAUGGGUGCAGGCUUCGGGAUUCCACAACAAUUUCCUCUCGUCGGAAAUCCUUACCCCCAGCCUAUAUACGCAGGUUUUCAGGCAUAUCCACCGGUCGUUCCAGUUCCAACCACUGCCGCUGCCGCUGCUCGAAUCACUUCUCCUCAACGACGCGCUACUACGGAGGAAGCGCAACAGAGUUUCAACUCGAUCAAACUGGAACAAAUCGUCGGUCAAAUCUACACGCUCUGCAAGGAUCAGCACGGCUGUCGUUUUCUGCAGCGCAAAUUGGACGAGCGCAACGAGCAGACCGUUCAGAUCAUAUUCGAAGACGUUAAAACUCACAUGGUCGAGCUGAUGGUCGAUCCGUUCGGCAAUUAUUUGUGCCAAAAGCUCUUCGAAAGCUGCAACGAUGACCAGCGGACUGUUUUAGUAAAAAAUGCGAUGCCGGCAAUGACGAAAAUUGCCCUGAACCAGCACGGUACUCGAGCUCUUCAGAAGAUGAUCGAGUUCGUGUCCAAGCCCGAACAGACCGCUCUUAUUAUCGAGGCCCUUCGUGACGACGUUGUCGCCUUGAUUCAAGACCUUAAUGGUAACCACGUCAUUCAGAAAUGCUUAAACCACCUCUCUCCGACAGAUGCACGUUUCAUCUUUGAAGCCGUUGGCAACAACUGCGUCGCGGUCGGCACUCAUCGCCAUGGCUGCUGUGUCCUCCAGCGCUGUAUCGAUCACGCAGACGGACUUCAAAAGGGCGAAAUGGUCAAUCACGUCAUCAAGAACGCCGACCAGCUCGUCAAGGACCCCUUUGGAAACUAUGUUGUACAAUACAUCCUUGAUCUUGCAGAGCCAUGCUUCACCGAACCGUUGUCUCGUGCAUUCCUGACAAACAUAGUGUAUCUCUCGAAGCAGAAAUUCAGCUCGAAUGUGAUCGAGAAAUGCAUUCGAUGCGCCGGCCCGGAUACCAAACGCGACAUUAUCAGGGAGAUCAUGCUCCCACAGGCGCUUGAUAAACUGCUUCGUGAUAGCUACGCGAACUACGUUGUACAGACGGCUAUGGACUUCGCUGAUGAGGAGACGAAGCCUGUUCUCAUCAAGAACAUCCGCGACGUGCUCCCCACCAUCAGGAACACUCCCCACGGCCGUCGCGUCCAGAGCAAGGUUGCAGACUACGACGCUCGUAUGGCGAGCUCCGGCACGACGAUACUCUCGGCACUCGAAUCCAAAACCGCUGCUCCUGCGGUAACUUCGAACCAAACGCCGUCCCGGGCCAACCGCUAUGGGAUGGUCGGCGCACCUCAGCAAUGGCCUGCCAAAGAUUAUAACUACGUCUCCUACGGCAACAAUGGUGCCGCGAAUGCCGGCGAGCAGAUCAAUGGCCAUGCUGAGCAUGACAUGAUUGCACCCACCCCACAACGUGGCAACCCGAACUUUAUGUUGAAUGGCGGACAAGACUACAAUGCUAGCAAUGGCUACGUAGCUCAACCAUUCGACAUCGCCAAUCCUCAGAUCUAUAGCCAUUUCUGAGUGAUGACCCCAAGCAUGCUUCUCACACGUCUUUUCGGUCAUCACAUGUACCAGUAUCGCAUUCAUUGGACAAGCAGACCAACGUUCUCCGACUUAGC